AUGCCCGACACAGCCCACCGACCCUCGUACGAGGAGCUGCAGCAGCGCCUGCGCGAUAUCGAGAUCAAGCAGGAACAAGGCGUCGAGCGGCUAGCAGCGAUGCGGGCGGCUGGCUUCAGGAUGGACGCGGAACUGCGCGAGCUGCGAGCCGCGUUGCAGCGAUUGAACGAGACCUCUGAGCUUGUGAAGAGUAGACUAAAGCCCGCUGAGCCGGCGGCAACAGCUGCCGACUAG